AUGACCAAAUUGCCCACACCCUCCACAUCUCACCUUUCGGCCCUUCUCAACACAACAAUCUACGAGCCGGCCGAGGACUCCUACCUCUUCCUCGACACCCUCUCCUCCCCCACGGAGCGCGCCUUCCUCCGCUCCCACUUCCCCCACCCCUCGCCCACCCCCCUUGUCACCGAACUCGGCACCGGCUCCGGCGUCAUCAUCGCCUUCCUCACCGCGCACGCACGCGACAUCUUCGGCCGCCCGAUCCUCAGCCUCGGCGUCGACGUCAACCUCGACGCCUGCUCCGGAACGCAGCAAACGGUCGCGGAAGCCGUCCGUGCCGCAUCGGCAACUGACGCCACCACCGCCACCACCGCGCCCCCCACCGGCACGUACCUGGCCUCCACGUGCGCAGACCUCACCUCCGCGCUCCGGCCCGGCGAAAUCGAUGUCCUGGUCUUCAACCCACCGUACGUCCCCUCCGAGACUCUGCCCGCGCUCCCCUGGUCGCCCACGCCCACCUCCGUGCAGACCGCUGGUGGCACCACCACCAUAGGCGACACCCUCUCCCGCGCCCAACUCGCGCACGCCAAAUUCGAGCGCGAAUCGCACCUCCUCUCGCUGACGUACGCGGGCGGCGCGGAUGGCAUGGAGACGACGAACCGCCUGCUGAAGGCGCUGCCGGGGGUGCUGAGCGAGCGGGGUGUCGCGUACGUGCUGUUCUGUGCGCAGAAUCGGCCGGGGGAGGUUGUGUGGCGGAUUCGGGACUGGAGAGGAGGUAGUAGUGAAGAUGAGGAUGGGGAUGGUGGCGUGCAGGGGCGGUGGAUGGCGGAAGUGGUGGGGGAGACUGGGGGAAAGGGCGGGUGGGAGCGCUUGUGUGUGGUGAGGAUUUGGCGGCAAGCUUCAGGAGGAAGGGGAGGAAAGGGAGGAGGAUGA